AUGGCAGGGCUGCCAGCGGAGAAUAUCAAAGACGUUUUCCAGAACGUCGAGUUCCGAAUCAUCAAACGUUUGCAUCCGUGUUUAAUUAUUAAAAAAAAUGGAACAUUUCCUAAAUCAAAAUCUGAACGAGCAUUAGAUCAUUUACAAGAAGAACACAUAAUUGGUGCCGUCGAAGCAGAUCCUAAAAUAAGUACCAGACAAAGAUUUGCCGUCUACAGGGUGUCCCCAAAAGAAUUAAACGACCUGAAAACAGAAUUGGAGAAAGUUAAACAAGAAAACCAAACUAAACACAAGGAGAAGGAAGAAAUGAAAAAAGAACUAAACGAUAUGAAAAUACGUGUACAAAGACUAGAAAAGGAAAGGAAAGUAAAUAAUGUUGUAAUACAAGGCUUGCCAAUAGAUAAAAUCGAUAGAAAUGAACUGAAACAAACUGUAGGAAACUUCAUGGAAAAAGAAACGAAUAUCAAUGUUCAAAUCGAAGAAGUUAUCAAACUGGGAGAAAAAACAUGUUUGCUCAAACUACAGAACAAGUUUGAAAAAGAAAAGAUCAUGCAAAAUAAAGCUAAACUAAAACCCAUAAAAGGCAAUAAAGUAUAUAUAAAUAAUGACAUAACAAAAGAAGAACUACAAACACAGAAAAAAAAUAAGACAAGUCGCAAAUGA